CUUAAGUUCUUAACAAAUAUUUAUAAUUUUAUACCUGAUUCCUGAACCUCAGAACCUGAUACGGUGAGGUGGGCAGUUGAGACUUGAGAGAGGCGGAGAGCAGAGAAUCAGAGAGAGGCUGAGGCGGUCCAGCUGGAGACUAGAGAGAGGCGGAGAGCACAGACUAGAGAGAAAGGGAGGCCCAAAAUGGACAACAUUGUAGAGGCUUUGAACAAUGCAUAUCAGGACUUUGUUGCUGCAGCAGCUAAUGUACUCGAAGCCAAGGAGAUUGCUGGUGCCCAGAAAACAACAGCCACAGAUGCUGCUCUAGAAAAUUUUAAGCAGAAGUGGGAGUUGUUCAGAGUUGCUUGUGACCAAGCAGAGGAGUUUGUGGAGUCUGUGAAGCAAAGGAUAGGAUCAGAGUGCCUAGUGGAUGAAGCAACUGGCUCACCGGCUGGGAAGUCAGGCCAGAGCACUGGUCUUCCACCCAUUAGUGCAGUCCGUUUGGAACAGAUGAGUAAGGCUGUCCGAUGGCUUGUGAUUGAACUACAGCAUGGUUCUGGAAGUGCAGCUGUUUCAGCCAAUUCCCACCCUUCUGCUCCUUUUGAUGCUAGGUUCACUGAAGAUGCAACUCAAUAGGGUGUAGCCUAGUGGUUGGACUGGAGGCUUGGGAUGAGCUUUGGACCCAGACAUCCUGGGUUCAAUCCCUAUUAGGAGUUCCCCUACUUGAUACACGGUUCUAGUGGGUGGGGUCAUGUAUCUGUGGUUUACUUCUCAAGGGUGAGUGCAAAGGGCCCUGCCAUAGUGAGGUUCUAUGUCAUUAAAGAAAUCAAGUGACUGUGUUAGACACACAUACACACUGGAGAGGUCACAUGCCUAAUGGUUAGUAUAAUCUGAGGUGCUGGUUGCCAACUCCAGUAUUCUUGUUAAUGGUUCAAUACACUUAGAAUUCUAAUGUUCAUGUACAACACUGUUUAGGUCUUUUAUUGCUUCAAAAGAAAUCUCUUUGAUCUGUCAUAAUUCUUUUUUCCUUUAAAUAGAAUUUUCAUCUUGAUAUUA